GUUACACUUUCACAUUCGUCGCGUUUAGUCGAUCUUGCUGGCAUCGUGGCAAUCUUACGGUACGAGCUCAACAUCUCAAGUCGAACUUAAUUGACCACAUUACAACGGGAGUGCACGUUGGUGGGUGGGCAUUUCAAUAGUCAAAUCCGAAUUUAGCAAUUGUUAGUCAUGUUUUGCUAUGGUGAAUAAGUGUGUCAAAAAGAAUGAUCAAUUGUAGCUGUCUCGAACGAAAAAUCUGAUUUGGAUUGUCGCCAGGAAAUAGUUGCACAUAUAAAAAUGUAAUCCAGUAUAGCAACCUUGGCGAGCGCAACGAUAUCAUUGACCGUCUGUAACUUGCAGUCUCAUAUAAAGCUAGCGCAGAUGCGAGUGGUUUGCUGAAUUAAUUAUCCAUAAUAGAGUGAACAUGUGAAUCGCAACAUAAUGUCGGAGCGUCUGCGCUGAUCCGCCAAGCGUACAGGUGGAAAAUUACAACCAUUAAUGAAUAGUUAAUGUAAAUGAGAAGGACCAGCUGAAUUGAAAUAGAAAAGGCCACGUUAAAUCAAACGUAUUUUACGCUGCUGUGCAUUGUCCACAGUUUUCUAUGACUAUUACACAACGCGUUAAGCUGCAAAGUCGAUCGGAGCCAGCCGCGCUUUCAACGAGAGACUCAAACAUCAGUGGUGACGAACCUGUGGCAGCAUCACAGAAGCAAAAGCGUAUCCAAAUUGGAGUAAUCCAUGCGAGGUUUAUGUUCAAAGCAUUUACCCUCGUUUUCGUACAGUCUGAUCAUUUUUAGCCUUAUCAUAAAGUUAGGACAUUGAAAAUACUUUUACCGAGACCAUUAAUAUAAUACUUCAUAAUCAUGAAGAAAUAAUGAUGCUGCUAACAUACAUUCAUUCUUAAGUUUGGUUGAUGCAAUUAGAAAGUUUCUUUACCCUUUAGACUUUUUUGUUAUUAUAACAAAUAUAACAAAAAUAUAUUUCUUCUACCUUACUACUAAAUAUAUAGCUAGUAACCAACUAUUAUUACAGCGUAAUACUGUUGAAUAGAAAUGUAAACUUCGUAAAGGCGACGGGAGCAUAGAAUCUCUCGAUGCACGUUUGUGGUGGUGCUUAUAGUAAGAAAAAACUCACAACCGGGGAGUAGCCGAACCACUCCUCGGCCAGUAUGAUCUUGAAGGUCGCACCGAUUUAUCGCAUGACUGACAACGACACUGCGAUUCCUGUUUCGGGUGCUGAACGAACAACACAUUGAAUAGUGUGGCUAGCGCUGAGAACACCGGUCUAGUCAGUGAAUGUGUAGUGCAGUGACUGCGUGAAAAUAGCUAGCAGUUGUAUAUCAAAAGCGAAAGGCAAUUCAAACUGCUCAACAAUGAAACAACACACGCUGGGGAGUGGUAUGCUGCGAAAUUUAAUUAUAACCGUUCUCCUGAGCCUACUGCAAAUUGCCGCUGCGGAGUAUAUACCACCAGGGCCAAAGUAUACAUGUCCGGAAAAAACAAAACUCCUGUACCCCUGCGUCUGCACACGUGGAACGGACGAUGGAAUCUUCAUUGAGUGCGAGAACUCCAACUUGGCAAGCCUGUCGGUAGCUUUCAUCAAUGUAGCCAGCCUGAACGUACCGGUGGAGGAGCUGCACAUAAAGCGGUGUAAAAUAAAAAACCUCUUUGGAACCCUACUGCACAAGCUAAGCGUGAAGCGGCUCUAUGCACAUGAUACACCCAUCGCUAGCAUCAGUGACCAUGUAUUCUACGGAAUUAACGAUACAUUGCUGGAGCUGCAUCUGAUGCGCAGCGAGCUGGCAGCUUUCCCCGCCGAUGCGCUAAAAAUAUUGGGCCUACUGAAGGUACUCAACAUCGAUGGACACCGGAUCGAAAACUUACCCAAAGGUGUCUUUAGCGGGAUGUCAUUCGAUGGAAUAUUGGAAAAGUUCCAUUUUGUCAACGGAUUGCUGGCCGAUAUCGGAAUGGACGUUUUUAUGUCGUUCAAAAAAAUUAAAACAUUAGAUCUUCACGGUAAUCAAAUAGUCACAUUGAAAAAAGGACAGUUCAAAGGUCUUCGAGAAGCUGAAAUUCUAGAUCUCAGUUACAAUAACCUCACGAAACUGGAUGCGUCUCACGUGUCAGAUUUGACUAAAAUGACGUGGAUCAAUGUAUCACACAAUGCCCUAGCGGAGAUCAUGCGGGGUACCUUCGCUCGUAAUGCUGUCCUGAGAGUUCUCAAUAUGGCUCACAAUAGUAUUAAAAAAAUCGAUGCCAAUACAUUUCGUGGAAUGAGAUUUUUGAGACGAUUAUAUUUAAAUGACAACAUGAUAAGUGAUGUUGGUCGAGGAACCUUCGGCUCAGUGACUAGAAUCGGCACUAUCGAUUUGGCUCGAAACAGAAUCAAGAAGGUUGACUAUCAGAUGUUUUUCCAGUUGAACUAUGUGGAGGUGCUAAACUUAGCUGAAAAUGAGAUAACAGAAAUUCAAAAAGAUGCGUUCAAAGAUCUUUAUCUUACCCACAUCAAUAUAUCAUACAAUCGGUUGGAAACCAUCGAGCCAAAUUCAUUCAUCAAUUGUGCCAACAUGACAGUUCUCGAUCUAUCCCACAAUCUUAUUAAAAGCAUCCCACGAACAGCAUUCGAUGAAACGACAUACGCCUCGGAGUGGCUUCUUACCCAUAAUCUACUGACCAACAUGAGUCAAAUUCCGCUGGCCAAUAUGACGGGGCUCCGAGUGCUCAACGUAUCAUUCAACAACAUCGUGGAGAUACCCAAGAAUACAUUCCCCAAACUCUACGAAUUGCAUACAAUCGAUGCGUCUAACAACAACAUCUCGUUCAUUUACAAUGCCGUAUUUCAGAAUCUGUUCUCGCUGCGGGUCUUAAAUCUUAGCCACAACGCUAUGGAGAAAAUUGGUCCGUCCACCUUUGGAACCCUGCCGACUCUACUCGAGAUGGAUCUGAGUCAUAACUUUUUGAAGGACAUUACCCGCGGGGCUUUGGCUAAAACCAGCGGACUGCGUUUUCUUACAAUGACGCAUAACAAACUAGAACGAAUUUUCCAAAUCCCAAUUUCGUUGAACCAUUUGAAUUUGGCUUACAAUGAAAUAAAUGAAAUUCCGGAUAAGACCUGGCCUACAAUGAACGCAUUGCUCACGUUAGAUCUGAGCUAUAAUAGGUUACAAAACAAUCUCGAACGAGGAAGUUUUGCCGGUUUAUUAACCCUACAGCGACUAAACCUGGAAGCAAACGGAAUCUCUGAAUUACCGCGUGACAGUUUAGGAGAUCUAGGAACGCUACAGUAUCUGCAUCUGAAAGACAACAAUAUCACCAGUUUACCGAAAGCAGCAUUAGGAAACCUUCCAAUUCUUUUCGAGUUACAACUGAUGAACAAUGGAUUGCAGAAAAUUAGUGGAAAAGCCUUUGAUGGACUGCUACAGUUAUUGACGGUGAACGUGUCCCACAAUCUGUUGAGCUCGAUUCCUAACGAUGCAUUCCUAGGACUGGUCUCUCUAAGGAAGUUGGAUUUAUCACAUAACAUGUUGAACAGCUUGGACAACAAAACCAACGGAGUACUAGACCACUGUCUCAGUUUGGAGGAAAUCAAUCUCAGCCAUAAUCAGUUUAGCUUUUUAACUAAGAAGACUUUCCCGUCCGAUCCCUACAUCCCGUAUCGAUUGCGUAAAGUUGAUCUCAGCUACAACACAAUGUCAAUCAUAUCGCACGAUCUGAAAUUCGGAACGAAGACCGUAACGGAUCUCAACCUUUCUCACAAUAACAUUAAAGAUAUCCGGAAGGGUGUUCUGGGCAAUUUAACAUCCCUCCAAACAUUGGAUCUUUCGUUCAACGAGCUAACAAAACUGGAAAGUGACGUGUUCAAUAUGGCUGAAAAUUUCUCCGAAUUGGUGCUGCAUCAUAACCGCAUCUUGAACGUAUCGUACGACAGUUUACUGAAGCUGAAGCGAUUGGCUCUACUAGACUUGCGGGCUAAUCAGAUUGGCAAAUUUGAUACAGCGCUGGUAGAUAGGAUGAAGUCAUCGAACCUGAGUGUGUGGUUUGAAGACAACCCGUUGUUGUGCGAUUGCUAUGUUAGACCCUUGUAUAACUACCUGAAAAGAUUGCCAGUGAUUCCCGAGAUAUAUCAACGGAUUCGCUGCUCUGAGCCUGCCACAGCUGCCGACAAGUAUCUACAUACUGUUACUGAUGAACUGCUAUCGUGCGUUCCAGCUUCAGAUAAAGAUAUUUAUAAAAUUCUUCCAGAGUUGCGGUUUCGAGAAGUAGCCUACUUCCGUGGCCAACUGAUUGCUCACUGGUAUGUCACCUCAAGUAAUGACAUUGGAGAUUUCUACGUUUAUGUCCGCGAUAAACAGAACAACAUCAUUUACGAACGUGUCGUGUCCUAUAGUAACCGCCUCGCGAUUAUCAACGGCAGAGACAUUGUUGGAAAUGAUCUGUCCUCGCUCGAGCUGUGCGUUCUAGCCAAGAGCAGCAACGAAGAGAUAAACUUCCUCGAUUCGCAAUGCGUUGAGCUACCGGAAGAUUUUGACGCUGUCAAGCUGAAGUACAAUGAGAACUACAACUACAAACUGCCGCUCAGUUUGACGGGCGGUCGAAACGGCCGUUCGAGUAGCUGUGAUAAUGCUGUAAAUAGUUUAAUUUUGCUAGUAAGUUUAUUCAUUGGAAGAGUGCUAUUUAGUUCGAGUAGUUAGUAUAAAUCUUCGUUGCGAUGUUAUGUUUAAUGCUGUACCUAAUGCUGUUAGUAAUAUGAAUAAAUAUUUAUUGGAAACCUGAA